AUGGACAUAUCUGAUGCGGUUUUGGGAAAAUUAAUCCUGGUGACAACGGUGACCAUCUUUGUAAUACUGGUAUUUUGGAUCAACACUUACCCGUUUAUUGACACAGAUUUAGCAAUAUAUAAAUACAUUCCGGAUCCACAGUGGGUUCUACUAUUCUGCGCUAUUUGGGGCUUCUUUUUCGUCGGUGGUCUAAUGUUGUUCACUCUCUACCACAUCUAUCCCUACCUGUAA